AUGCGACUCAUUCUUUUCCUCUUCACAUUUAUCGCUUUAACAAGAAGCCAAUUCCUUUGCUGGCGCUCAUUGCCUCAUAUCAAUCAGCUAAUCACAAAAGACUGUCCAAGUCGAGUUUGUGCUGUGAUAUCGAUCGGUGAACAGAAAUAUCAUGAUUGUGUGAAUCCUCAAGAACUGAAUAAUGAUCUUGUGGAUGGAGGAGGACGGGGACGUUUUCUCCAUUGCGAUCGCCGACUACAAGCGAACACAUCAAUCGAAACCCAAUACGAUGCAAUAACACGAAGAAUGGAACGAUAUUCGGAAAGAUGUUGCAUGACUCCUCUUUGUAAUACAGCUCCU